GUCGGGAGUGUUUGUGCUAAAAAAAAAAAAAAAAAAGAAAAGAUGUCCAGUCUGGCCAAUGAGGAGUGCGGUCACGGCUCUUCACCUUUUAAUCACAUAAAAAACACAAUAAACUAAUCAACUUUAUCUGAUUAUUCUGCUUCUAAAGUGUGUGAAAAAGUAAGCUUUUAUGUGUUUUUUGGUGCAAGAAACCGACAGCAGAUUCAUGAGGAGCUAAAUGACAUCACAGACCUGCAGGACGACCAAAACAAACAUGAAGGCGGAAGAGAGAGAGAAUAAAAAUACAAAGAAAGAGUAACGUGUAGAAAUAAACAACACACACACACGUUUAUAUUUAAGCACAUGUUUGUGUGAUUGAGUCUCUGAAGCAGCUGGAGUGGCCUCGGUGCUCAGUCCGGUGUCCACUGCUGUGGUCAGUGUGGAAGUGUGAGGGAAAGGAAACUGCUGUGAUGAGGGAUUCAUGGCGUAAAUCUGCCCAGAUGAAGCUGAGUGCAGUGAUGGACCUGCGGGCCGUGUGACGGGUAAUGACGGACCCCUGAGCCUCCUCUCUUUCGGCUUUUUGAAAAUGACCGACGUCAUGGAUGAUCCGGCAGAGUUAAGUGGAGAGAUGUGUCUUGACGUUGGAUCACAGAGCGGGGAAAUGUGCGAGGAGUCUGUGCCGAGUAAGCCACGGGAAGCGGAAACGUCUCGGGAAGCGCCGGAGGAUCUGAACUCCGAGUCCCACAACGUUAAACAGCAGGAGGACUCGGAAAAGGUAGAGGAGAGCGGAUACGCGAGAACUAAUGGGGGAACGGAUCAGCUGGAGGAAGACGGGAACGGUGUGUUUGAUGAGUUAGAUGACGAGAAAGACGGGUGUAGGAACGCCGCUGGAAAGGACGCGUCCGGAUCCCGGGGAAAGAAAGGAAAGUCGAGGAAAAGCGGCUCGGGAUCAGGUGAUCAGUUUUCAUCCUGGAUGUCGCCUCCGUCCUUUUCCUCCUCGUCAGCAGGAGCAAGCAGACACAAGCAGAUCCGCCGGAGGAACCACCACCAUCACAACCAGAGCCGUCUGAGAAGACAGACCGGCUUCCAGCUCAUAGCGGCAUUCCGAGAGUUCUUGUCGGAAUCGGUCAGCCCGUGGAGUAUAUCCUGCAUCCAUAUGGUAGUGGAUCUGAUCGUGUCUCUGACCCACCACUGCGGCGUCUUCGUCGAAUCUGGAGCGAUUGCACUUUAUGACCUUGGCAUGUUCUUGCUCUUUAAGGUCACCGACGUCCCGGGAAUGAAGCAGGAUUUAAGACGGGUCGUGGAUCAGACCUGGAGUUCCGGUGCGGCUUUGGCGGGCUGGGUUUGCAAAACCACGAGCUCCGCACGCCGAGCCCUGGUCUCAGCUUUCUGUCUGAUGAGUUGCAUAAUGCUCCUAAGUGCCGGGUUUGUGAGGAGCGUUGUGGAGAGGCUGGGAGGAGACCGAGGAAAGCGAUGGUGGCUCAGCCUUCAGAACUGCUGGAUAAUGAAGAAAGCAGUUGCACUGAUUGGAAAGAUCAGAGGCUGGCUGUGGAAACGAGAUGCCUCUGGACAUGAGACGGUGAAUCCAGAAUCUCCAUCCAGGACAGAGAGGAAUCAGCCUGGACAGGAGCUCGAGAGACUGCUGGCAUUAGCUCAGAUCCCUGAAGAUGAGCUGGACCCGUUCAACGUGUUGGGUGUGAACACACACGCCUCCGAGUCGGAGCUGAAGCGGGCCUAUAGACAGCUGGCUGUACAGGUCCAUCCAGACAAGAACAAGCACCCUCGAGCCGGCGAGGCUUUUAAAGUCCUCCGAGCGGCGUGGGACAUCGUGAGCAACCCAGAGACCCGGCGCGAAUACGAGCUGAAGCGUAUGGCAGCUUCAGAGCUCUCCAAGUCGAUGAAUGAGUUCCUGACGAAGCUGCAGGACGACCUGAAGGAGGCCAUGAACACCAUGAUGUGCACCAAGUGUGAGGGCAAACACAAGAGGUUUGAGAUGGACCGUGAGCCUCAUGAAGCACGUUUCUGUGCUGAGUGCAAUAAACGGCACAGCGCCGAGGAGGGAGAUCUGUGGGCCGAGUCCAGCAUGCUCGGCCUGAAGAUCACCUACUUCGCCUUCAUGGACGGAAAAGUCUACGACAUCACUGAGUGGGCGGGUUGCCAGCGAAUAGGAAUUUCCCCCGACACGCAUCGUGUCCCUUAUCACAUCUCUUUUGGUUCAAAAAGUAACACCAGCUCCAACCGCCACAGAUCUCCCUCAGGCCACACCCCAGCUCCAGGCUCUCCUUCCGACCUGCACGAUUUCUUCAGCCGUAUUUUCCAGGGAGCGCCGGGCAGUGACGCCUCUUCCAAUGGUGGAUUUUUCCCACCGGGAUCAACCCCGACUCACCCCGGGGGGGCCAGCUCAGGGCCGCCUCCUCCUCAGCCUGGCUUUUUUACGCAGCGAGGAGAGCCGAGUGAGAGCUGGAGCGAGGGAGGAAAAGGACAGCGGAGGAGGAAAAAAGCACGCAAGCCUUUUCAGCGCUGAGCUUCGGCACGACGAGCUACGACGUCCACAGAGGAGAACAUCGGACUGGUGCCUGUGUUCUGUCCUGGACAGACGAACAGGUCGAGGGGAAGAGCGGAGGGUCUGUGAUUGUGCGUGAGAUCAUCUCCCUGCCAACAGGAACUCCAGGAGAUGACGGAUUACGAAAGAAAAAUGAAACAAUAUCAAAGUGUUUUUCCCCUUAACUACGAGGUCAUCCAUGCAGGAAAUUUUUCUUUUUUAAAUUUAUUUGAUUUGUUUUGCGUCCUGUCACUGCAGGUAGGCAAUAGCAUGGCUUAUUCAAAAAGAGUUUGCGCCUUUUUUUUUUUCUUUCGUUUUGUUUUACGAUUCUUCUAAACAAUCGGCCAUGAAGACACCUCAGGGAUGAUCAGAUGGUCUGCUGAAUGGCAGAAAGACACACAGCUCAUAAUAUCACCAUAACGAUCGUCCGCACUGGGUCGCUUUCAUUUAUACUUGAAUUUAUUUUCGGUUUAUUAUACAGCUGUCUCGCCUCCUUUUCUGAAGCAGAGGUUAGACACGAAGUGCAGAGUAAUGUCAUAAAGCCUCCGUGAGGAACGACUGUUUGGAAACAUUUAUUAUUGGGUUAUAAAUAAUCGUGAUUAGACUCGUGAUUAUUGUCCUUUUUUUAUUCCAUCUGAAGUUUUUGAAAAACCAAAUGACAUUAAAGGAAAAGAAAAGGACCUCCACACUCACACACACAAAAAAUGAAACCCUCCACAAUUUCUCAUGGAGUUAAUCAGCCAAGGCAUGUUUGGUGUCUGGGAUUCGCGAUCACGCGUCCACUCGACAAUUCCGUGUCAAUUAGGGCUGCCGUCCAUUCUACGGUGAUCAUGACUACUUCCUGCUCCCUUCAUCAUGACGACUUCAUAAGAGGGCGAAAAUAGCAGAUUGUAAUUAACCAGGAAGGAAUUUGAGCGCAUGUUUAGACAGCUGAAGCCUGCUUUAUUUUUCUCAAAGGCCAAAAUAAUGACUACAGCCAUUUUACAUCGAUCAGCCAUAACAUUAUGACCAGCUGCCAAAACAGCCCUGAGCCAUCGAGGCAUGGACUCCACUAGAUCCCUGAAGGUGUGCUGUGGGAUCUGGUACCAUAUCCUUUAAGUCCUGUAAGUUGUGAGGUGGGGCCUCCAUGGGUCCAACUUAAAGGACUUACAGGUCUUAAAGGAUACUUUUGAUAGAUACUGACCACUGCAGACCGGGAACACCCCACAAGAGCUGCAGUUUUGGAGAUGCUCUGAUCCAGUGGUCUAGCCAUCACAAUUUGGUCCUUCAUCAAACUCGCUCAAAUCUUUACUCUUGUCCAUUUUUCCUGCUUCUAACAUCAACUUUGAGGACAAAAUAUUGCCUUACUGCCUAAUAUAUCCCCCCCACUAACAGGUGCCAUGAUGAGGAGAUACUCAGUCUUGUUCACUUCACCUGGCACUGGUCACAUUGAUAUGCGUGAUCGGUGUUUAAUGAGGCUUAAAUUUGUGGAGGCGAAUCCACAAUCCGCUUACAUUUAUUCAGAGAAAAGAACGAACCCGAAAAACCGAUUUAAAAAGAAAACUAAGCACUUUGGAAGAGAGAGUGGAGGUGUGCAGUGGGAGCGAGUGCAGAGAAGUCACGUGACGGCGCGUGUGUGUGUUCGUGUUCGGUGCUCAGUCACGUGUUGAACGUGUUUCUUCAUUCGUCUUCACCAAAAUGCUUUAACUUGAUCAGAAUAAUCACCUGUUCAGAAUUUUGGGAAAUAUUAUCGAUUAAGGCAGGUGCAAACUUUGUUUCCCGUCCUCACACACACACACACACACACACACACACGUAUAUAUGUAGGAAAGAGUUCGAGAAGGUUUCUGCUUUGUGUUUAUUUGAUGCUUCUCUGAACACAUCAUUCAGAUCCUGAGAGAGAAAAAAAAGACCUCCUAAAAAAUCCAAAAUCUUCACUAUGAUUCUCACGAGACGGUCGCAGUGAGUCACGUCUCUCACACACACACACGCUUGGUGCACACGCUAACAGAACACGUGACUGGGUUUUAAUACUGUGAUGCGUUUUGAGGAAACUGUGUCCAGAUCCAUGAAUAUUAAUGAGCCUGAUUAGCCUUAAACAAAUGAUUUGUUUCUUCUGUUUACGAGAUGUGUGUGUACGAUCGUUUGCUGGAGAUUAGGCAUGUGCUGAUGGUCAGAUACUAUGGAAAAAGAAGCAUUGGUAUUAGUCACUUUACAUGAUGAACACUCCCAGGGUGUGUGUUUAGGAAGUUUACUGAGCUGGAGAAAGCUUAAUGUAGCUUUGAAAAGGUUGGUUAUGAUGUCAUAAGAUUAAGCUCCGCCCUCAUUGCCACACUAGCGCCUGUGAGGGCGGUACAGGAUGGUGCUCAUGCCGUAAACGAGUGAAAGGUCGGAUGGAGAUUUAAUAUUUGCACGUGUUUAAUCUCAACUCUGGGUCUGAAUAUCCUCAAGAUGUUUUUGUCCUGGACUUUAUUUUAGCUUGGAUGUUGAGUUGUAGCUGGAUUUUUUUUUCUUUUAAACAAAUUGUUUAUAAAACUGCAUUUGAAAAAGAGUCGAUUUAUUUCAUUUCAUUUCAUGAAAUUUCAAGGUUUUGCUCCGAUGGCAGUGUGAAUGCUUUACCUUUACUUUAUAUGAGACGGUCAGCGGCGCACCUGAGACGGGUCUGGUGUAUCCGGAUCCCACAACAGAACGUCCCAGAACGAGAAGUGAAUUUAAACCCGUAUGCAAAAAGAUUUAUAUAGUUUUAAAAAAACAAAACAAAAUAAAAACAACUCAGACAAUCAUUAUAAAGGUAAAUCAAUGGUGCGGGACACUUUUGGAGUCUUGAAGGUUUAUUUCAUCCCAGUUCCCAUGACGAUCGUUUAAUUGCUGCUUCUUUUCAUUGUUUCAUAUUAAAAGUUGAUUUCUGUAA